GUGGGAGGGAGAACAGUGUUAAAUUCCCCUUUUACAGCCGAGGAGACCGAAGCCCAGAGAAGCUAAGCUCUUCUCGCCCCCCUCACGUUCUCUGACUGCCGAAUUUCCUUGCAUUCCAGAUAAAAGCACAGACCUGGGAGCCAGAGGACUUCCCUGCUCCGUGACCCUCGGAAGGGGCUUCCGUAAGACCUGUUCAUCUUCUGCGGGUGCUUCCCCCGGUCACUCCCGCUGCCUGGGACCCCGAGCUGGAUUCGAGUCUAGAGAGCUGGAUUCGAGUCUCGACUCCUGCCUGACCUGCUGUGGGACCUCAGCGGUCGAUCCCCUUCUUCUGCCGUCUCUUCUCUUCCAGCCGUGAUGGAGACGAGCAACCGGACGGCGGCCUGGUCCCGGAGCCUGCGCUGGAUCCUGAAGGCCCUGAAUGAGACCCUCCACGGCCCCCCGCUUCCUCCGCCGCCGCCCUGCCAGCCCGGGGGGAACCGGACGGAGCCCGGCCCGGCGACCGGACUCGGCAGGGACGACAACUCCUACAUCUACAUCCUCUUCGUCAUGUUCCUCUUCGCCGUCACCGUGGGCAGCCUCGUCCUUGGCUACACCCGCUCCCGGAAGGUGGACAAGCGGAGCGACCCUUACCAUGUCUAUAUCAAGAACCGGGUGUCCGUGAUCUGAGCGGGGAAGAGGGAGAAUGAUCAUAAUAACUGUGGUGUCUGUUAAGCUCUCACUGUGUGCCAGGCACUGUUCUGAG